GCUUCCAUCGCGGUCUUUCUUUCGUGCGCACGCAGCGAAUCCUUCCCCAACUGAAAUCAGCCUCCUCCUCUUCGUCUCUUCUCUCUCUCUCUCUCCCCUCUCUCUCUCUCUCUCUACAUCUCUAUCAAACCAACCAUCAAAGUUCGCGAACGAUCAGAGAAAGGUUUUCUCUCAGCAAAACAUGGAGUCGACGCCUGUGAAUUGGGAAGCUCUGGAUGCUUUAGUCAUUGAUUUCGCCAAAUUCGAGAAGUUGAUCGAAGACUCGGUCCUUUCUUCAUCUUCUUCGUCAUUGUCACCGUCCUCUUCGCCUUCGUCUUCGUCCUACCACUCGCGGUUGCUUAUUCGACAGAUACGGCGGUUGUUGGAGGUCGGUGACAUUGACGCCGCCAUAGAUCUCCUCCGAAAACACGCUCCUUUCAUCCUCGACGAUCGCCGACUCCUCUUCCGGCUGCAGAAGCAGAAAUUUAUUGAGCUAUUGAGGAGGGGAACGGUGGAGAAUCGUGAUUCUGCAAUAAAUUUCUUGCGAACAGCGCUCGCGCCUUGUGCCCUUGAUGCCUACCCGGAAGCAUACGCGGAAUUUAAGCACGUUCUUCUUGCCUUAAUCUUUGACAAAGAUGACCAGAAUUCUCCAGUGGCAAAUGAGGACCAAGUUUCGAGGAUGAUGAUUGGCAGUGCUGAGGCAAGAGAUGGUCUUUACUAUGUGGCAGGAAAUGUUUCAAGUUCUUCUAAUAAGUGGUCUGAAAGAAGGAGGUCUGAAAUUGCUGGGUUGAUGUCUUCUGUUUUAACUGCUCAUUUAUUGGCAUAUGAUCCAAUCCUUUCUCUGACUCUAAGAUAUUUGAUAAGCAUACACAAAGGAUUUUGCUUUAAUCAAGGAAUUUCAUCACCUAUUUCUGAUCUUACUAAGAGGUUGCUCCUUGAGGAACGUGAUCCACCUGCAACACCCCAGGAAAGCUUGUAUGAGGCACCUCCUUUUGAUGAGGUAGAUAUACAAGACCUUGCCCAUGCUGUAGAGAUUACAAGACAAGGGGCUGUUGAUAGCCUGAGAUUUGCCAAAGGGGAUUUAUUUCAAGCAUUUCAGAAUGAAUUGUGUCGAAUGAGAUUGGAUGUCUCCAUGCUUGAUGACCUCAUUUGUGAAUACUGUGUUUAUAGGGGUAUUGUGGACUCUGGUCUUUCAUCCCCUCCUGCAUCAGAAAUGCAUAUAGUUUCUGGAUAUUCUUCAUCAAGAAAUUGUUCUGUUGAAGUUGAUUGUGCAACCAGUAAACAUUCAGAUGGUGAAACUUCAAUUAGUAAUGCUCACAUGGAUGGUUCUCCAGAAAUUAAUGCUGAUGCAGUAAGCAUGCAAGAUAUGAACCACAGAGAGAAAUUCCAUAGCGAGACAAGAAGCAAUCAUGAAGACUGUAGCACUAGUGGAACACAGCCCCCUGAAAUUCCAAGGAUUUUACAAAGAAAUAAAAGUUAUGGAAUUAGGGAAAGGAACAAACGCAAGCGGUGGAGGGGGAGACAAGAGAAGCUAGAUCUCAUUCCUGAAGUUCUUAGUGGAAGCAGUAAGCAAGAGCUUAGCACUACCACCACACUUUCCAGUACAAAUAUGUUGAAUGAACAACAGCUUGCAGAAUCACAAACCACUGUGGGUAUGAUCAGUAAUAGGGAGGAUAAAUAUGAGAUUGUGCUGGCAGUGAAGGAAUUAGCUAGCAGAGGAAUGGCUGCCGAGGUUGUGGAAGAAGUAAAUGCCAUGGAUCCAAACUUUUUCACCCAAAACCCUCUUCUGUUGUUCCAACUUAAGCAGGUUGAAUUUCUGAAGCUGGUCAGCUCUGGUGAUCAUUCUAGUGCAUUAAGGGUUGCCUGUUCUCAUUUAGGUCCCCUUGCAGCCAGUGAUCCAACUCUGCUGAAGCCCUUAAAGGAGACAUUGUUGGCUCUGUUAAGGCCUAACGAAGAUGUGCUUCGUGGGGGCUUGCCAUUGGAUACCCUUGCUACUUCACUCCAGGUUGCAAUUGGUAGGAGUCUUGGGAUUGAAGAACCCCAGCUUAUUAAGAUAAUGAGAGCAACGCUUUACACACAUAACGAGUGGUUUAAACUUCAAAUGGGUAAAGACCGGUUUGAAGGACUUUUAAGGAUUGGCUCCUUGAAAGAAGUAAGUAGUCCUAUGCUUCCUGGUCCUGUUUCCAACUCGAAUCUGGAUACCUGCACGAGUGGAUCUUCCCAAGUCGCAAUAUCUUCUACCGGUAGGAUGCAUGAAGAUGAUAACAGUCCAACACAAGUGUCAUCAAGAGAACUAGUUUUUGAUGAAGGCGCAAUUCUUAAAGUAAUGGAGUUCGUUGCUUUACCAAGGGCGGAUGCCAUUCAUCUCCUUGCACAGUACAAUGGAAAUGCGGAGACUGUUAUUCAGCAAAUGUUUGGGAACUAAUACACUUGGAUGUAGCAACCUGUAUUUAUUAUAUUUGUUGAUUAAAUUUUCUUCUAGAUCGAUUCCACUUGUGCAGUAGAUAUUCAAUCAAUGUAAUUUAUUAGGUCUAGAAACCAACUGUCAAUGUUAUUCCUGACUCAAACGUGAUAGUGUUAAGACAAAUUACAGCGCGGAGCUAAGAUUAUUUUUUCCCACAGUGAUUACGGCUACAAUUAAUAAAUUAUUGGUUUUGAUUUUUUUA